AGCACUUUCUCAUGCACACGGGCCAGAAACCGUACGCGUGUGAUGCGUGCGAGUACAGGACUUGCUCCCACUCCAGCCUGAAGACUCACAUGCGAACCCACACGGGCGAGAAACCUUACGCGUGUGACGUGUGCGAGUACAGGUUUUGCUACCGCGAGAGCCUGAAACAGCACAUGCGAACGCACACGGGAGAGAAACCUUACGCGUGCGACAUAUGCGGGUACACCUACACCAGCUCCAGCAACCUCAAGAAGCACUUUCUCACGCACACGGGCGAGAAACCUUACGCGUGCGACGCGUGCGAGUACAGAACUUGCUACCACGACAGCCUGAAAAAGCACAUGCGAACGCACACGGGCGAGAAACCUUAUGCGUGUGACGUGUGCGAGUACAGGACUUGCUCCCGCUACAUGCUGAAGAGGCACGCGCUCACGCACACGGGAGAGAAACCGUAUGCGUGCGAUGUAUGCGGCUACACCUACACCACCUCCGGCAGCCUCAAGAAGCACUUUCUCACGCACACGGGGCAAAAACCUUACGCAUGCGAUGCGUGCGAGUACAGGACUUGCUACCGCCACAACCUGAAAAAGCACAUGCGAACGCACACGGGAGAGAAACCGUAUGCGUGCGAUGUAUGCGGGUACACCUACACCACCUCCAGCAGCCUCAAGAAGCACUUUCUCACGCACACGGGGCAGAAACCGUACGCGUGUGACAUCUGCUCUUUCAGGUUCGUAUCCUCGAGCGAGCUCUCGAGACACAAGCGCACGCAGUCGCACCGAAGAAAGGCCAUGCACAAGCAAUCGGGAGUGAUGUGAUGGACGGGUCUGCGGGUUAAACAGCUAAUUCGUCAGACGUUAAACGUGUGGAUACGGAUGCACUCUCUCCAGUAGACUCCAGUGACGUAGACUCAGGCUUGUAUAAGAGGAAAUCCUGAAAGGCGAUGUGCAUGCAAUCAGGGGUGAUGUGAAUGACAUUCUACCGAUUAAACAGUUAAUAAGCCAGUUCGUAGUUACGCACUGGAGCCCUAUGACGUCAUCGGGUCAUAGGUCAUUUGUACAUAGCUGAAAAGUUCGCUCAUACGUGUAGCGUUGGAUCUACG